UGAGGAGGGUGAAGGGGUCAACAUAGAGGCACGCCAUUCCCAAACAGCUCAUCGGAGGGCUAGCGGUGGAAGAACCUCAAGGCUCCAAACCACAGACAGGAAGCAGAGAAGAGGAUGGAAGGAAGCUCUCGCCCCAGACUAGACGCUGGCUUGCUUUGCUUCACAACACUCUGGUUGUGUACAGAGCUAGUGCUAGCCACCAACAGCGGGCCCCAGACAGGGAAAAUCUGCUGUUCUGUAACUCCUUCAGGGGAACCUCCCAAAUCCUGCGGCAAAUGCGGCGAUGGGAAAUGCUGCAUGGACAAAAAGUGCCAUCAAUGCCGGGUGCUCCCAACGUGCCCAGAAGGGCAGGAACGGCGCUGUUCAGGCACAAUUGAAUUCAGGUAUUUCUGCAGAUCAUGUCCCAACGGAACCUACUCUGAUCCUAAGAGUGACUGCUGCAUCCCUUGGACAGACUGCAAAAUUCUUGGGCUCCCAAUUCUGCAGCCGGGGAACAGUACCCAUGACGUGAAGUGCCGCCGGGAACUUAUCACCAUGGUUAUGCAACCUGAUUCCAUGGCCACAACUAUCUUGACUACCGUGACAGCCGCGGGUCUCUCCGUCCUCAUCCUGAUGACUUUCUUUUUACUCAUCUGCGUAUGGACACAGAAGAAGGAGAAAUUCCCUCUGGUGAAAGACCAAGAAUCCAUCAACCCUUCUAACCUCCUGGCAUCUCAGGGGCUUCAUCAUGAAGACACCUACAGCUGCCGGUUCCCAGAGGAAGAGCGUGGGGACAAAAUGGCCGAAGAGAAGGUCUCGUUGAGCUCCGCUGAAACACUGCCCUGCUCCUGGAGCUGAUUCACGAGUGUGGGUGUAACUCAUCUCUCGAUAUCGCUCGCCUCUAGGCGACUCGAGGCUGGACAUACAAAUGGCACCGGAUGCCUCGGGGAGGUGGAACGGGGACUGUGUGUCUCUGAGGUGUUUUCACUUAACAAUGGCUUCUCCCCCCCCCCACUUCUGCCAGUCGUCUCUUGAGAUCACCUGCUCAACUCUCCAUGAUGAUGCGAGGUUCCCUUUAAUGUCCCUGACAGGGAAAAUAAGAUUACAAUCUCUGGGAGAUGGUAAAGGAAAUCCCAGGCUCCCUUUCACUCCCGCUCUGCCCCAGAUGCCAAAGGUGCAGCAAUGCACCCUGUGAUAGGCUGGAAGGGGGGGGGAGAUGUAUUUAUGGGUAGUGCUACUGACUUUCGAUAUAUUUUUUUUAAAAAAACCAACCCUACUAAUCCUCUGCAUAGGCCCAGGGUGUGGAGUCUGGCGGGAGGUGGUAUGCGUUGGAGAUGGAGCCAACAUGGCAUCGAGAUAGUUAUGGGCGGAGCCUGGCAGGCGUUUGCAGGAUACGGGCGGAGCCUCUCAGAGUUGGGAGGGCAUGCAUUGCUAGUCCUACUCUGAGCAGACCCAUUGAAGUGAAUAGACAUGACUAACUUGGGUUCAUGAGUUUCAGUGGAUCUACAGCGAGCUGAGCUGAAUACAUGCCAGGCUUUUCAGACCUCAUUCCUGCUCCUUUGAUAGGAUGCGGUUUUACUGGGCAGAUCAGCCAACUCUCGGUCAGUUAGCAACUGCAUCUAUAUGGGUUGGGUUGCAAGAUACUCCCUCCACCCUCCACCCAGAAACAUCUUCUUUGCCAUAUUCAGAGAUAAUGGUACGCCCUUCAUUUCUAGGGCAGCCGUCCUCAAUUGUUGCCCUCUAGAUGUUUAGGACUACACCUCCCAUCAUCCUUGGCCAUUUGGCCAUGCUGGGGCUGAUGGGAGAUGAAGCCCAAAAUAUUUGAAGGCCACAAGGUUGCGGACUUCUGCUUUUUUGUGGGGGGAGGAAACCUUUCUCCUGUUCAUAACCACAGAGCAGAGACGCAGCUUAGAAUCUGCAAAACGGUGAUCUUCACAGGAUUUCCCUGUUACAAUUUUCUAUCUGAUGAAGACCUCCAGGUGCAGUCUUCCUGAAAGUUUUGCUGCACAUUUCUUGAGGUACCUCCUCAGGCUCCCAUCAAGAGGCCGUCUUGCAUUUUUCCUGUUUUGAGAAGCCUGCUUUGGAGAACCUGAGGGCGUUAUUUUUCCAUUUCUUUUCUUUUUCAAUCUUUUUUUUAUUUUAAAAGGCGCUUAUCUGAUGCAUGGAAGAAACUUUUGCUUUCAUCACAAAAUCAGCAUCGCCACCCCCGGCCCUUAGCGAGAAUCGCUUAAAAAAGAACCAAAACCAACCAGCGCCUUGAACUUAAGUUUCCGUUGUGAAACCCG